AUGGCACGUCAAGUUCUUGCUCUUGCUUUUAUCUUUGUUGCCAUUGCUGGGGCUUUCGCAGCUAAUAGUACUGCACCUGCUGCCACCCCAUCAACCUCUCCUUCAGGUAAGGCUCAAAAUAGCUCUGCUGCUCCUGCUAAGGCUCCUGCAGGUGCUAAAUCCGCCAAUGCUUCAGCUUCUGCCCCUGCUGCUAAUGCUUCAGCCCCUGCUGCUAAUGCUAAAGCUCCUGCAGCUAAUGCUAAAGCUCCUUCUGCUAAUGCUAAAGCCCCAGCUGGUGAUGCUAAAGCCCCUUCUGGUAAUGCUAAAGCCCCAGCUGAUGCACCCAAGUCCAAUGCUAAAGCUCCCACCGCCGCGGAUGCUCCCAAGUCCUCUGCUGAUGGCCCCGCUGCCUCAUCUGGCCCUUCUCCCUCCUCCUCUGAUGAGGGUUCCGCCCCUGAGAGUGAUGCCUCCUCUCCUCCUGCACCCGCCAGCGAGGGCUCCCCAACAGCUGCUGAUGCCGAUGGGCCAGCUGCAUCUGAUGGUCCUAGCAGCGAUACCCCUGCUGCUGAUGCUCCAGCCCCCAGCGACGCUGCCACCCUGAAGACCUCCGCUGUUGUUGCGGCUGCAGGCUUCUUCUUGUUGACCUUUUAA